AUGGAACACUACAAUACUCUUGGUGAAGUUAUCUAUCACGAGAAGGUCAAGCAUUGGCGUUUAUAUGGAGAUAGGUUUAGAGGCCUAGAGAAGCAAGAAGGAAAAUGGGUGGAAAUUUUUGUUGUAGAAGUUGGCCGUGCCCAUUCACGUUUCAAGGCAGCAAAAUCCAAAUUCACACUAACUGCUACUGGCGAAACCCAAAUCCACAUCAUCGAUCCUCUGAACGAUCAGCUCUACUUUGAGUUCAAAGGCAUUCAUGAAAUCCCUCACAUGAGCCACAAGGAGAAAAACUUUCCCAUAGGCGGAAGCCCAUUCGAUGAUCUUGAAGGACCAAAGAUGGUGUUUUACAUAAGGGACAACAUGGGAGGUCGUCAAGAGGUGAUUGUGGUCCUUAAGAUGUGCAAGGUUCGUGCCUAUUUAUUUUAUUCUUGUCCUACGGAAGAAUGGCUUCAGACUGAGGGGGACUUAUCUGACUUCAGGUUCAAACCGCGCUUGCCGGAGGUAGAGGAGUUCAGACAAUCGGUCAAUAACAGUGACCCUCAUGUUCGGAAGUACGGAGCUAUAGGGCCUUUGUAA